AUGGAAUUUACUGAGCGAGGAUCUGGAGAAACUCUCGAGGAAUUCGAACAAAUCGCUAUAGAGGAAGAUGUAAAUGUGCUUAGUGAACCACUCUUUAAUUUCAACUUUAUUUUGGCCUCGAUCACAGUGAUCUCAUCGAUUCUGAUCUUAACUAGCUUGAUCAAUAUUUGGCGUCGGAGAAAAUAUCACCAAGGAGCUUAUUUGGAUGAUAUUCCUAUCAGUGGAGUCAAGUCAGCAAUAAAUAAUGUUAAAAGUAUUCUAGAAUUGUAA